AUGCCUUGCCACCGACUCUCAUUCGUACAACAAUUCCUCCAAAAAGUAUCACUUCUUCUUCUUCUUUACGGCAUUUGUUCUCAGUUUCGUCUAAAAAUGAAGGUUCUUCGGGCUUUACUUUCUCUUUCUCUCUUUUAUACGGCCUAUGCAGCUCCCACUGGCAAGGGGACUUAUGCCUCAAACCAAAGUCCUCACUCUGCGGGCGUUGCUCAAGCUGAACUUGAGAAGAGAAUUACUUCUGGACAGUGCACAGCUGUAGCAAAGGCAAUCUGGGCUCGUACAACCCUCGAAGUGGCGAACGUUUUCGUCUCCAAGGCAUCAGAUUACGUCAAGAAAGUCUGCGCGAGGCACGAGAGUAAACAAUGCGCAGUUUGGGUUGACGACGUUAAAGAGGGUUUCCAAUUGAUCUUCGAUGUGGGCUAUGUCUACAAGUAUGGAUCUGUCGCUGUCGAUGCUUCCAAUGCAUACAUGUCUAGCCGAUCACUCCCUAGCAAUGAUUAUUCUUCAAGCAUUGAGGAUAUGCUUAAACUCAGUGGUUAUAGUUAUGAUUCGGUUGAGAUCAUCACUUUCCCCAGCGACGGGAUCACCACGCGAGACAACGAGCCAGCCCUGAUUUCACGCCAUAUACUCAAGAACGUGAAGCAUAUGAAGAACAAAAAGCCUCAUGAUUACACGAUUCAUCAGUUCACGGAUGGAACUACGCAUUUCCACAUUCCGUUUGAAAACUCUGGAAACACAACUUCUUCCCAGACCAAGCGACACAAUGGGUCGGGUGUCAAGAUCUCUUUCAAGCAUGAAAAACUUUCCCUUGUCGCUAGCAGCGAUAGCAGAAGUGCAUCUGCAGCGCUUGCAAGUAGAUGGCAGGAAUAUGCGGAGGCUGGGCACUCCGAUGUGUUUGGAUUUGUUGAGCAACAGAACAAGGCCCUCUUCUACUACCGCACCACUGUUGAGGCCGAUGGCUUUGGAGAUAACUAUGAGUCUGUGGAUGCAUGCGGUGACAUGAGUCAUUUGGUUUCAACUUACUUGGGGCCUGGCAAAUGA